UUAUCCACAACUAAUCCCGAAUUCCUUUCCAUAACCCGAAUCCGAAUGUCUGACCGCUGCGAAGAUACCACUCAUUCUCCCUCGGAACGUAAACGAUCUCUUCCGACUGACGACGACGAUGAUGACCUUAGUGUUGACGAAGGAAGAGCUAGGUACAAGCGUCCUGCUUUGAAUAAUUCAGGUGGAGAGGAAGAUGCUUCUUCAGAGUAUGGUGCAGAAGAUCCCUAUCGAGACCCUGAUGAACCUAAUGCAGAAGAUAGAGCUGUAUCCCCUGACUCUGAUGCCAUGUUGGAUGUGAACGUUCGUUCUCCUGCUGCGGCAGAAAAAGAGAAAAAUGCAGAGACUGAAUCUACGCUCCCUACUAUUUCUUUGCGUGCACUUGUUACGACCAAAGAAGCCGGCGUUAUUAUCGGGAAAGGGGGGAAGAAUGUUAGUGAAAUUCGAGAUAGAUCCGGUGCUAAAGUUACAAUAUCAGAAAUGGUUCAAGGUACAUAUGAAAGAAUUCUGACAGUCACUGGACCUUUAGAUACAGUUGCAAAGGUAUUUCAUGCUUUCUCUUUAGUAGCUCGGAAAAUCUUGGAUGAAAAUUUGGAUGCACCAUCCACAUCUAGUUCAAAGGCCACUACAAUCAGGCUCCUUGUUCCCCAUUCUCGUAUGGGUCCCGUCAUUGGUAAAGGUGGAUCCAAAAUUAAAGACAUCCAAGAAAAGUCUGGUGCGAGGUGUCUUGCCUCCGAAGAAAUGCUCCCUCAGUCCACAGAACGAACUAUUUCCAUCACGGGUGUUCCCGAUUCUAUUCACAUCGCAGUUUUUCAUGUCGGAGAGGAGCUAGCCAAGCAUCAGAACGACAGAAACGCUAAUGUUACUCAAUAUCGACCUCAGCAACGUCUUAUAUAUCAUCAGGCUGCACCGAUCGCAGGAAAUCCAUUUUAUGUUGGGCUUCCUCCCGGUCCACCGUAUACACGGGAAUUCAUGCAGGGACCUCCAGGACCUAUUAACCAUCAGCCUCCGCCAGGAUCCCAAGCUCAACAAAUUUUUAUUCCAAAUGAUAUGGUCGGUUGUAUCAUUGGCAAGGGAGGUAGCAAGAUAAAUGAAAUCAGGCACCUCUCUGGCUCGCAUAUUAAAAUUGCCGAACCGCAUGGAAACACCAACGAACGGUUGGUUACUAUUACCGGAACUCCGGAGUCUAAUCAAAUGGCUCUUUAUCUGCUUUAUAGCCGCCUUGAAGCUGAAAGGAGAAAACCGAGCGUGUAA